GUUUGCAUGUUGGGGGUCUGACAUGAACAACCAGGAAGCUCAUCCAUCCUGUCCUGGUCCUUAAGCUUCAAUCCUCGUUAAAAUAUCUGUUUUUUUUUCCUUUGUGACACUUCUCAGUGGGCUCUGCUUUCUCUUCACCGUCCAAUCAUCCAAUGGACGCUCCUCUCUGAGUCUCGUGGGCUUGUUGCGUCAGCCUGGUGUUGUUGGGAUGAAACCGGGCUUGUGGCUGAUUCCAGGGGGUCUCCGUCUCUGAGCUGCAUCAUCACUGAAAGGUGAAGCUCAGAGGACCAUGAGUGCACGUGUCACACAGGUGAAUUAGCUGCGGCUGUGUUCAGGAGACAGAGGAGGCAGAGCAGGACAAAGUGCGGCACUCAGCAGCUCCAUGCGCCAAACACGCAGAGUUUAAAGGGAAGGAGCCGAACGGAGGUGUCAGCCCGGGAUAAGACGCGCAUAUGACAUCCUGUCUGGUUCUGACUCCUCGCUGGGCAGCAGAACCCGUCAUGUUCGUGUAUGACAACAACCUGGACGACCUGAACAGGAGCAUGGAGGGGCUGGUGGGCAGCGGGAACUUCCAGUGCCGCAACAUCAUGGCGCAUUCGGCGGCUUUCGGGGGCCACCCCUCCAGCGUGGCGCACUCCUCCGCCACCGCCGGCUGCUCCUCGGUCGACGGGUCCGCUUCCUCGGGCUCCAGCGAGACUCCUGCUGGAUCUUCAGGAAAACCGUCUGCGGGAGCCGGACCGUGCGCGGGAACCGCCGUGCCGCACCAACCCCCCUCAAGUGCGGCCGCCUUGCCGUACAGCUACUUCGGGAACGGUUACUAUCCCUGCAUGAUGGGCCGCGGCUCUCUCAAGUCCGGCCCCCAGGCUGGCGGAGCCGCGCUCAGCUCGCAGUACAUGGACACCACGAUGAGUUCGGACGAGUACCCGAACCACCGGGCAAAGGAGUUCGCCUUUUACCACGGCUACGCCGGUCCUUACCAGUCCGUGGCCAGUUACCUGGACGUGUCGGUGGUCCAAACGCUGGGAGCCGAGCCGCGCCACGACACCCUGCUCCCCAUGGACAGCUACCAGCCCUGGGCCCUGACCAACAGCUGGGGGGGACAGAUGUACUGCUCCAAAGACCAGGCUCAGGCUGGACACCUCUGGAAGUCCGCUCUGGCUGAUGUGGUGGCGCACCACGACGGCUCGUCCUUCCGCAGAGGCCGGAAGAAGAGGAUACCGUACACCAAAGUCCAGCUGAAGGAACUAGAGAAGGAAUAUGCGGCCAACAAGUUCAUCACCAAGGACAAAAGGAGGAAAAUCUCGGCUUUGACCAGCCUGUCCGAACGGCAGAUCACCAUCUGGUUUCAGAACAGGCGCGUGAAGGAGAAGAAAUUCGUGGCCAAAGUGAAGAGCAGCGCGCCAUAGCGCGCGGGUUUCUUCUCUCUGGACAGUUUAGUGGAUGACCAUCAUGUACAUGAAUGUAAUGGCGGGAAAAUGGACUGUGCGCCAAAAGAAACAGACUGAUCAAAUGAACUUGAACUGAAAAACCUCAGAGAUCCUAAACUUUCUGCCUGUUCGAUGUAAUCGUCUGUCCGUGUGUCUGUUGCUGUUGUGUUGUCCCUACGGCCAUAUAUAUACAUAUUUAUUUGUAUGGUAGGGAUGUAAUGUUUUUGUUUCUGUCAGUAAACCAAUAAUCACAUAAUAAAGUGACUGAAGUCAGAUCUUGUAACGGAUCGUUGGUCUUUUUAGAACCUGCAGCCAUCCUGAGCUCAGGCAUCCUGCUGAAUCAAAGAUAAAAAUGUAAAACUCUGCUGAAUACAAAUACAUCAUGACCUGUGUUUAAAUAAAACCCCUUCUGUUAAAA